AUGUUUCAACUCGAUAUUCUUAUUGAUAUUUCGAUAUUACCAUCAAAUAUAAUGGCAUUGCGUGAUGAUGAUUUUAUUGAUUUUGCCAAGGAAGAAGCCAGCCAUUCAGCUACUACUCUACUUGAAAUACAAGGUAUUAAUUGUGUGAAAUCAUUGCUGAUGACAAAUAGUGUUUAUGCUAUUAUGGACGUUAAAAGUAAAAGUCUAGAUGAUUUGAAGAUUAAAUAUGGUUAUAUGCAAGAUGAUGGUGCAUUUGUUAUACAACAUGGAGUAAAAGGAAAUAUCGAAUAUCUUAUUGAUUUGCUAAAAAAGAAAUGUAUUGAGGAUGUCAAAUUAGCUAAAUCUUCAAAACAUAAUCAGUCAUCAUUAUCAUCAACAAUACCAAAAUCAGCGUCGACUGUUACAUCAAAUAUUGAAGGUGAACAUUAUUUUAUUUUAAUACAAAAUGAUUCAAAUGGUGCAUUAAAAUGCGACAUAAGAUGCUGUUGCCAAAAAUGGUCAUCAUUACCAUUAAGACGUGGAAAAUUUCAAUUGUCGAAUUUCUAUCGUCAUCUUCAAGACACAUCUUUCAGUAUUCGGUGUGAAUUAAGUGUAUGUUGUGGAUCUUGUUAUUCAUCGUUUGAUAGCUAUCGAUGCCACAUUUAUUGUUUUCAUCGUUCUCUGGUUGAUUCAUUUGACAGUGAUUCUGUUAUUCCAUCAAACAUUGAUAAUAAUGAUUCAUAUAUUCAGCCUGAUGCUAAUAAUCAAUCAGAUCAUAUCGAGGAUCCUGACUCUUUUAUUUAUCGAGACGAAGAAUGUGAUGAAACAGAUGAUUUAAUUAAUAAUUUUGAUCCGAUUUCCUUUACUACUAUUGAUGAAAAAUGCAGCUUCGACAUACUGGUUAAAUUAUAUACUCGUUUUCUACUUGAACUGCGUGAAUAUCAUCUUCUUCCGCAAAAAGUAGUGCAGCUCAUUUCGUCUAAUAUCAGUGAUUUACUUGAAGUAAUUCUUAAAUUAAUUAAAACAAAACAAUCAGCAUCUGUUUUAACCGUUGUUGAUUUGGAAACAAUUUUUACACACGUGAACAAACUGAUCACUUCCAUCAGUAAAAACGAACAUACAUUUUUGAAACAGUGCCAAAAGCAUUUCAACUAUGAACUCCCAAUUGAAAUUGUAUUAAAUACGUCGGAAGAUCAUGCCUAUUACAUUCCACUGAAAAUAAGUUUAUCUCAUUUGCUUCACAGUGGUGAACUACUUGAUGCCAUAAAUAACAAUACUCAGUCCUUAAUCAUUCAAUCAAAUAAGGAUAACGACUUGAUUUUAUCGAAUCGGCAAUGUCGAUCAAUUAAAUCAAAUACUUCUAAUCGAAAAAAUUCAGAUUUUUUACUAUUGAAAUUAUACAGUGAUGGAAUAGGAAUUACAAACCCUAUUGGUCCAAAGAAAGAUUCGCAUAAAUUCACGUGUUUUUAUUUUUUGCUUGACGAUUUACCCAAUGUUUUGCGAUCACAAGUUAAUUUAAUUGGCCUUCAUUGCAUUGCUUAUACCAAGCAUUUGAAAGACAAGGACAGUAGAGAUGUACUAAUGAAUGUAUUGAUCCAAGAUUUUAAUCAACUACAAACCCAAGGAAUCACAGUACCCUGUAUUUCUAGUCGACUUUAUUUUUCUUUUUCUUUUCUUUGUGGCGACAACCUAGCAUCGAAUGAGCUAGGUGGAUUUCAAAAAAACUUCAACUCUGGACACUUUUGUCGUCACUGUUUAAUAACUUAUGAACAACGUCUUAUACCACUGACUGAUAUUUCUUUUGUACCUCGAACUCACUUGAGGCAUGAUUUGAUUGUCGAUCGAAUUGUAUCUAAUAAUGAUGGUCAAACACUUUUUGGUGUCAGUGGUGAUAGUUGGUUUCGAAAUCUUAUUGGUUUUCAUCCAACUGAAUCACUUCCACCUGAUCUAAUGCAUGAUACAGCCGAAGUAGAUGUUCAUGUUUUCAUCUGUUAUCUUGUUUAUGCGUUAAAUAGUAGGUCUCUCUUUCUUAUAGACGAAGAUAUCGAUGGUGCUACAUUAGCUUUAUUUCAACAUAAUGAUAAUAUUCAAAUAUUUCCUCGAAUCAAAGAUCGCGUCAAAUUUGUCGAUUUACGUACAAAGUUAAUCUCAAACUUGAUUGAACAAGAUGAAAAAAAUAGUGAAAAUACAAGUAAUUUAUUUGAUUUAACGUUACCACUAGUAUCAUUCAAGUCUGUAGGUGUAUCGAAGGAGAAUGAUACUUCAACCUCAUCAUCUUCAAAUGAAGAUUUACAACUUAAUUCUGAUAAUAAUCAAAUAGUUGAUUCUGAUCCUUCAAGUCUCAAUGGUUCUGAUGAUAAUGAUAAUACCUGUAUUACAGUACUGUUGCCGGCAGACUAUGAAGGACCAAACUUAACUAUGCGAAUGCAACAGUACGUUGAUGAUAAUAAUCUGUCGAAGUUUUUUCCACAUACGGCUAUGCGCAGUGAACUACUAACUCUUCUGUAUGAUGAUGUAACAAAAUCACAUAAAUUAUUGCAAGUUAUUGCACCUAAUUGGACUUUCCAUAUUGCUAAUUAUUUAAAUUUAGUUACCCAACCAAUGAUGAAUAUAAAACUAUGGCUAAAUUUAUAG